AUGAGUGAAGAAGUCGAGAAGCAGCGCUCCCGUAGAGGAAGCAAAUCAACCAGAGCAAACGGAGAACCAAAGCAUCGAUCUAGCAGGCACCAUCGAUCAUCCUCUCGAGACUCACAUGAUGAUGAUAUACUAGGUGGCUCGGAACGCAAAUCAUCGGGAUCGAAGCCUGAGCGAAGGCGAUCCAAGGACGAUGAUGACAUCGGCGGCUCGAGAAAACGAUCCUCUGGUCGCCCUUCUCGACGCAAGUCCAGAGACUCUCAUGAUGAUGAGCUUGGUGGAUCUUUAGCAAAUUCUCAACCACCUGAAAAGAGAAAGUCAACAGAUUCUGAUAAUGUGAUUGGUAAAUCAGACCGACGCUCUUCUGAACGCCCUUCUCGACGAAAGUCCAGAGACUCUCAUGGCGAUGAGCUUGGUGGAUCUUCCGGGAAUGCCCAACCACCUGGAAAGAGAAAAUCAAAAGAUUCUAAUGAUAAUGUGAUCGGUAGUAGAUCAGACCGACGCUCUUAUGAACGCCCUUCUCGACGAAAGUCCAGAGACUCUCACGACGAACGAUCUUCUGUGAACGGUAGCUCAACAUCCCAAGACUCGAAUGAUUCUGGGUCUGCUAAAACAGAGGAUAAAAAAGCCAAGGCGAAAUCUCGAAGAAUGGCUUCUAUCCCAGCAAUGCCUGGAGCAUUUGAGGCGAAGUCGACGGAGGACAAAGCGGUUCGACGCAAGAGAGAUGCUGCAUACAAAGGCAGAGAAGCCGGCGACAACGAUAGAGAAUCCUCAGACAGAGAAGCGAAGAAUCGAGCUCGACGACAGCCUGGAGAAACUAAGCCAGGCUCUUCUAUAGAAAUCAUGGAUCGACGAGCCAAGGACCAGGCUUGGCGAUCUGUCGGAAGUGAUAUACGACCUGGAGCCUCUUCUCACGAAAGUAUGGAUCGCACAGUCAAGGAUCAGGCCAAGCGAUCCGUAGGUGGUGCUGUACGACCUGGAGCUAGCAGUGAAACUCGGGGCAGCCGAGAAGCGAAAUCUAAAAGAGAUACUUCCAGGCAGUCGACUGAGGCGCACGAGGACGAGAUCAGUCUUCCACCAGCAAGCAAGAUAGGAUGGACUGGAGACGUCGAGGCAGUAGAGGCUAUCGCUGUUGACGAAAUGGAAGCUACCAUUCCGUCUUCUCCUCAGGAAGUAAGAGAGGAAGCACCAAACGAAACGGAAGAGGAAGACGGUAGAGCGACUGCUAGACGUGAGAAGAAAAGUCGAAAGUAUAAAUAUAUGCUCGCUGCUUUUGUUGUGUUCGCAAUUUUUGCAGGAGUAUUAGUAUGGCUGUUGGUGUUACGAGACUCGAGCGAACCUGAUGGUGUUUCUAUAUCUUGGAUAUUUGCCCCACCUACAACAGAAGAUUGUCUCGCAAUCUCUCAAGGAGUGGAAACCGCAGACCAAAUGGGAGCGACAGUCAAAUACUUUGGAGUGGAAAUGGAUUUUGCAGUGGCACCUAACGUCGACCUUGAUUUCCUUGAAAGCGAGCUUCAAAUGCGAAUCCAGCUAGAUGUCCUGCCACUCGUUGCCGGAUGCGAUAAAGAAGGUUCAAUCUCGACUGAAAACGACAGUUUCAUUGUUGAGAACAGUGUGCUCAACUCGAUAUCCAUUGGCGACCUUGCAACCUGCAGCUCGAAUUCAGAAGGGGUCUGUUCGUUUGUCUAUUUGCAGCUGGAUCUAUUUUCGAAAGAUGCCAAUGUGCAGAGUGCAGUAUUGUUGGCCCUGAUCUCAGAUGUAUUUCAAGACGAAGGACUAUUGGAACUCCUGAAUUUAUUAUCGCCUGUGGAAGGAAUUGACUAUAUUACAGCGUAUGAAAUUGUCCUUUCUGGUGGACCGAGUUCAAGUCCAUCCAUCCAAGAAGACGGCAGCCCUCCAAUUGACAACGGCUCGCCAUCCCAAGAAACUUGUGAUGCAAUUGCGAACGGCACCCCUGUCUCAGGACGAGAGGAUCUAGUGGUCCAAGAGUACGAUAUCUUGAUGGAUGUCGUGUUGGAUUCCGAGACUGAAGAAUUGUCACCCCUUACCACAGAACUGGACGAAAAGAUCCAGCGCUUCCUGCUGCCUUCUCUAGUGGGUUGCGAAACAAAACAGCGCCGGCGUCUACAGAUUGAAAGUUUUGUUGUCAACGCAUUGGUCGAUUCUGAAGGUAAUGUCGGUGGUUCUUGUUUGCCUGAUUCGGAGACUCCUUGCCAUCGCUAUGUCAUCCAUCUUGACAUCUACGUCCAACGCACUGUCUCCUCUGCCGAUUUUUCCCAAGACAUUUUGGAAAAGUUCCGUGAAGCACCGUUGGUAGAGCGAUUGGGCUUGCUACCACCCUUUCAGAACAUAACCGUUGUGGAUAUUGCCUCCGAUGCUGCUUCUUUCAGUCCAUCCAUCCCACCAUCAGCGCCGCCAUCGAUAAAUCCAACAACUUCACCAGUCACAUACCCAACUACCGAUGUCCCCACAAAAACACCGACAACGGCGCCGUCGUUUAAUCCAACGAAAGCUCCUGUUGCAUUCCCGACAACUGCAGCCCCUACAGCAUUGCCGACGAAGUUUCCAACACGAGGCCCUACCAGUGGACCGACUCCCGUCCCAUCGCUACAACCUAUAGUUGGUCCAACGUUGGAACCAUCACCUUCGCCAUCACUUGAGCCCAGUGGUUCGCCGAGUGUAUCACCUUCGGCCUAUCCAUCAUCGAAGCCCUCUGCUGAGCCGACGACUACAGCUUCAUCAUGGCCCUCUGUGCCACCAUCAUUCCAACCUACCCCAUCGCCACCUUCAUCGCAGCCUUCCACGUCACCUUCGACUCAACCUUCCUCGUCGACAACCAAUUUUCAAUGCUUCGAAACCAGCAGCGAUCUUUCGAAUGAGGUUGGCAACUGGCUUACGUCCUCUGAGCUGAAGGCAUCGGUCGAAGCCCAGUAUGGGCCGAUUGGAGACUGGUGCUUCAGUGCAGGUGUCACCAGCAUGGCUAGGCUCUUCGAGGGUCAAUCAACGUUCAACGAAGACAUUUCAAAGUGGGAUGUCUCUUCUGUUACUAACAUGGAGUACCUCUUCUACAGAGCAACGUCCUUCAAUCAAGACUUGUCAUUAUGGGAUGUUUCUUCUGUUACAAAUAUGCUUGCCAUGUUCACCAGUUUAGAAUCAUUCAAUCAAGACUUGUCAUCCUGGAAUGUUUCUUCUGUCACAAACAUGGACGUCAUGUUCCGAGAUACACCCUUCAAUCAAGACUUGUCAUCAUGGGACGUUUCUUCUGUCACAACUAUGUCAGCCAUGUUCGCGCAAACACCGUUCAAUGGAGACAUCUCAUCUUGGGAUGUUUCUUCUGUCGAUAAUAUGUUUUCAAUGUUCCAAGACGCAUCAUCCUUCAAUCAAGACUUGUCAUCUUGGGACAUUUCUUCUGUCACAAGUAUGCAGCGGAUGUUUCAAAGAGCAACAUCGUUCAAUCAAGACAUAUCAUCAUGGGAUGUGUCCUCAGUUGCAAGGAUGCAAUUCAUUUUCAAUGGCGCAUCAUCCUUCAAUCAGAAUCUUUGUGCAUGGGGAUCGCGUCUUUCAAGCAGUGUCCCUGUGAUGAAUUCAUUUUUAAACACCAACAGUUGCCCUUCAACAUCAAGUGCGCCAGACCUCUUUGCGAACCCACCCGGCCCAUUUUGCCACAUUUGUUGA